AUGGAAUGCGCAGAGACCGAGUACGGCCCAGGGCAAAUUGCGAUGUCCUACAGACCAGCGUUUGAGAUUCGAGCAACGGACAACGCUCAUACUUACAAGACAGGAAUUAAGGAGAUGGCUAUCAAGAAUGGCUUCAUGGCAACCUUCAUGUCCAAGCCAUUCCCCAACAGGAGUGGAUCAGCUUGUCAUUUCUGUCAUUCAUUGUGGGACAUCCCAGGUGAGACACCUCUACUCUACGAUGCCGACCGUCCUAAAGGGCUAACAUCCGUUGGUGAACAUUGGGUUGCGGGUCUCCUCGAGCACACUCCUGCAAUCUCUUUGCUUAUGGCACCGACUAUCAACUGCCUAAAGCGAUAUCUCCCAAACUCCUUUGCACCAUCCAAUGCAACGUGGGGCAUAGACAAUUGCACGUGCGCUUUCCGAGUAAUACUGAAUGGUAAAGAAGGUACCUAUAUCGAGAAUCAAUUAUGGGCCAGUGGUUGCAAUCCUUACAUCUCCUUAGCUGCUACCGUUGCUGCAGGAAUGGAUGGUAUCAAAAGGAAGCUUCCAUUGCCACCCAGUGUCAAAGAAACCGGAAAUGCCUACAACCUUGAGGACAUCCCACCUGGUACUGCAAACGUUCCAACCGAUAUGGAAGAAGCCAUGAGAACCCUCCAAGCAGACGAUGUCAUUACUUCGGCUAUUGGGAAAGAGUUUAUAGAAUGCUUCCUUGCUGCAAAGAGACAUGAAAUUCUUCUACAAGAAAAGAAUGAAGAAAAUAGGGAACAAGAUCUCUUCUUUGAAUACAUGUAGAGCUGAGAUAAGAUCAUAAAUACUUUAGGCGCAGUGAUUUAUGUUAUACGUGGUACUCAGAUUGGUAUAUCAUUCCCUUAAUUUGAUCUGUGAUCAGUUCUAUGAGUGUGGACUCUCUGAGAGAUUUAUGGAUACAUAUUUAUUUUUUAUCUUUCAAUAAAUGUAUCGAUAUAAUGACAUUUAUUAAGACAGUGACAUUUACCUCGCCACAGUACUCAGGAUUUAUAUUUUAUGAAAAUACUACAUUGUGAUUUUUACCACAGGGUCAUUUUCCAAUUGAUUAGGUUAUUUCCUAUUUACCUCUUAUUCAAGGUAGUAUGCAUCUCGCCAUGUCGAAAUAUAUUUUUGUUCAAUCUAUUUUCUUUUAUUAAUUUGAUUCGGUGAGAUAAUAAAUGUGGUCCUGUCUACUAACAAUAAUUAUUUAGAUUAAGUCGCCGUAAUGACAUAAGUAUCUUUACAAGUCGAUAAAUUAAGGAUAAUAAUAUUCCGCAUUUAUAUAGCGCUUAACACGUCGGGACGACAUCUCUAAGUGCUUUACAGAUAUAUUUCAUUUCAUUUCGUUUAUUUCCAUUUUCAACAAUUACAGUUUAUUUUGUACAUUUUAACAUACAAAUAACAAAACAUAUUUCAAGUAUUCCUGUACAAAAAUUAUAUUCAAUAUUAUUACAUAUCAGGUUGGAAAUGGAGGAGGCUGCUAAAAAGCGGAGCUUGUAGAGUGCAGCCUCCUAAUAAAUAUUCUUGUAGUUGCAUAACAUAUAAAAAUUAAAAUAACAACUAGAGCAUGAACCAGUUAAAUUAAAAGGAAAUAGGGGAAAUUAAAAUAGAAAAGGAAAUAAAAAAAAGAGAGAUUAAAGGUCUCCAGAAUCCAGCCCCAGCACUCACAGACGGACCUCGUUGAUCAACAGGAAAACGAAAGAGAUGGAAAAGCGUACGUGACAUGAUAAUCAUGUUUGAUUUAAAAAAAAUACAAGAGUUUGAGUGAUGAAGAGUUAAAUUCAAUGGUUAUCUUGGAGAAAUUUUUUAAACUUAUAUUUGAAAGAAUUAAGGCUUGGUGAUUCUUUGAUGUUUUUAUUAAUAGUUCCCCAGAGUCUAGGGCCUUCAAAAGUAAAAAUAGAUUUUGCAAGGAUGGUCCGGGGUAGUGGUAAGUGGAAUUCAUCUGAUUGACGUGUGGGAUAUUUGUGAAGAGUUUUGUUUUUGUUAAAUGAAGAAUUAAAUAUGAAUGGUAACAUAUUAUUGUUUAACUGAUACAUGAAUUGACCUAAGUUAUAUUGGUACAGUGUUUUUGUAUCGCCUGCAUAGCAGAGCGAGACUAUAGGCGCCGCUUUUCCGACGGCGGCGGCGGCGGCGGCGGCGGCGUCAACAUCAAAUCUUAACCUAAGGUUAAGUUUUUGAAAUGACAUCAUAACUUAGAAAGUAUAUGGACCUAGUUCAUGAAACUUGGACAUAAGGUUAAUCAAGUAUUACUGAAUAUCCUGCCUGAGUUUCAGGUCACAUGACCAAGGUCAAAGGUCAUUUAGGGUCAAUGAACUUAGACCAUGUUGGGAAAAUUAUUUUCAAAAUCUUAACCGAAGGUUAAGUUUUGGAAAUGACAUCAUAACUUAAAAAGUAUAUGGACCUAGUUCAUGAAACUUGGGCAUAAGGUUAAUCAAGUAUUAGUGAACAUCCUGCUCGAGUUUCAGGUCACGUGACCAAGGUCAAAGGUCAUUUAGGGUCAAUGAACUUUGGUCAAGUUGGGGGUAUUUGUUGAAUUACUAUCAUAACUUUGAAAAUUUAUGGAUCUAGUCCAUGAAACUUAGACAUAAGGUUAAUCAAGUAUUAGUGAACAUCCUGCCUGAGUUUCAGGUCACAUGACCAAGGUCAAAGGUCAUUUAGGGUCAAUGAACUUUGGCCAAGUUUGGGGGUAUUUGUUGAAUUACCAUCAUAACUUUGAAAAUUUAUGGAUUUAGUUCAUGAAACCUGGACAUUAGGUUAAUCAAGUACCACUGAAUAUCCUGUGCGAGUUUCAGGUCACAUGACCAUGGUCAAUGGUCAUUUAAGGUCAAUGAACUUUGGCCGUGUUGGGGGUAUAUGUUAAAUUACCAUCCUAGCUCUGAAAGUUUAUGGAUCUAGUUCAUAAAACUUGGACAUAAGAGUAAUCAAGUAUCACUGAACAUCUUGUACGAGUUUCAGGUCACAUGACCAUGGUCAAAGGUCAUUAAAGGUCAAUGAACUUUGGCCGUGUUGGGGGUAUUUGUUGAAUUACCAUCCUAACUGUGAAAGUUUAUGGAUCUAGUUCAUAAAACUUGGGAUAUAAGAGUAAUCAAGCAUCACUGAACAUCCCCUGUGAGUUUCAGGUCACAAAACCAAGUCAAAGGUCAAUAAACUUAGGCCAUGUUGGGGUAAUUGUUGAAGUGCCAUCAUAACUUUGAAAGUUUAUGGAUAGAGUGAAUGAAAUGUGGACAUGGGUGUAGUUGACAGUCUUAAGUCUCCGUUCAAAUGUCAUUUAUGGUCAAUGAACGUGGUAUUAUGUCAUAAUAUGAAUGAUGUUUUUGUGAAUGAUUAUUUUAUAGUAGUUUUCAAAGUUAGCACUGCUGCUAUAUUAAAUUGCGUAAUGCAGGCGAGACUGCCAGAGGCGUUCCACUUGUUAUUUUUAGAAUGUUAUUGUUAAAAACAACUCAUCUGUGUGAGAUCUCCAGGACAAGUUGAAAAUAACACGCAAUGCCUUCUUUUGUAAAAGUAAUAUUCUAUCAAGGUAGGUUGAGUGUGUAUUUCCCCAAACAAUUGCUCCAUAAUUUAAAUAUGGUAAAAUUAAUGUUGAAUAAAGCAUUUUUAGGGAGGAAGUUGGAAGAAAAAACUUAACUUUGUAUAUAACACCAAUAUUGCGUGAAAUUGUAUGACAUAUAAAGUCAAUGUGUGUUUUCCAAGAUAAUUUGUUGUCUAUUAUGAGACCUAAAAAUUUUGUUGUAGUAACAACUUCAAUGUCUUUAUUGUCCAAUUUGAUAUGAAAUGGCAAUUGUUCUAAAGAAUUGCUAAAAAGCAUGCAUUUCGUUUUUUGUACAUUAAUUGACAAUUUGUUAGCCCUAAUCCAUUGUACCAAUUUAUCCAGUUCAGUGUUCAGUACAUUUAUUAAAAUAUCGGGGUUAGGAUGAGAGUAUAGUACAUUUGAAUCAUCUGCAAAAAGGACAUAAGAUAAUAUUUCAGAGGAGUUCUGGAUGUCAUUUAUAUAGAUUAUAAAUAAAAGAGGGCCCAGGAGGCUGCCUUGGGGAACACCCCAGUUAACAUUUUGUAGAGAAGAAUUUUUUUUCAUUUAUGCUUACGAAUUGUUUACGAUUUACGAGGUAGUUUCUGAACCACUCCAAGGCCUUCCCACGAACUCCGUAAUUUUCAAGUUUGUAGAGCAGUAUUUCAUGAUUUAUAGUGUCAAAGGCCUUGGAGAGGUCCAGAAAAACACCUAUUGUAUGUUCAAAGUUGUCAAUAGCUUUUGUGAUUUUGUCAAUAAAUGAGAGAGUGGCAUGAGAUGUUUUUGGCGAAAUCCAAAUUGAAAAUCAGAGAUUAUAUUAUAUUUAUUCAAAAAAUUUAAUAAUCUUGUGUAGAUCACCCUUUCCAUAACUUUAGACAAAGUAGGUAAUAAAGCUAUCGGUCUAUAGUUACAUACAUUAAUCUUUUCUCCUUUUUUGUGCACUGGUAUUAUCUUUGAUAUUUUCAUAUUGUCAGGCGCGACGCCAUUACUUAAAGAAAGGUUGAAUAUGUAUACUAAUGGAUCAACAAUAUAUUCUAUAACAUUCUUUAAUAAAAUAUUGUCAAUACCAUCGUGACCACAGCUUUUUUUGUUUUUUAAGUUGUUCACUAUAUCUAUUAUUUCAUUUCUAUGUACUGGUACUAAAAAUAAAGAAUUAGGGUUUGGUUGGUGAAUGAAAUCCGUAAUUUUUUUUUGUGUUAAUGGUAUAUUGUCUGCAAGACUUUUUCCAAUUUGUGUAAAGUAUUGAUUAAAUAUAUCAGCUAUACGAAAAGAA